AUGAUCAUCUCUGCGAUAUCUUCACGGCGAAAAUUUCACAACGGGAUCUCCGCUCCAAGCUCGUCUCGACCAGAGCUUCAGCUUCAAAUGCUUCAGCUUCAAGAUGCUGUUGUCGGCCUUCCCCCGUCGCUGCUGCGGGGAAGAACAAGCCUCACAACCACAGGGACCAUGACCGCUCCCCGGCGGUCUUCACCGGUCGAGUGGGACCUCGUGGCGACCGUCUUGGCGAGACAUGAAGUGCCGCCGUUAAGAUCUUCAAUACGGCGAAGAGACGGUCACCCCCGACGCGGCCACCCCCGUCGCUGCCUCCAAGGGAAGUCGCUGCGGUCACCAACACGGAGACGGUCGAGUGGGAGGACGCUUCAAACGCGAGUUGCGCUUCAAGCUCUGGACCGGCGAUAUCUUCGGCGUGAAGAUCCGAUAUCUUCAAGCUCCACCUGCAAAGUCUUCCAGCACAAUGACUAUCGAGUGGAGACAACCGUUUCUGGUCGCACUUCAAAACCGGAUGAGAGGAUCUACCAUGCUGAUUCAAGGUGCGACCUUCCUCCGACCUUCCUACACGGAGACGAUGUCAAGCUCAAGCUUCUACAAGCUGAACCUACAUCCCAACCCGAAGUCUAUUGGCUCUCGCCGUCAACUUGCCGUCGCCAACGGCGGACAGGUCGGCCGAAUCGGGGCCUCGGCGACCGUCCAACGAUGGCCACUCGAAAGCGACGACCAGCAACGAUCGCCGACGGAGCAACGCGGCCGACGCUAAGUGCAGCAUUCUUCGACGCUGAAGCGCCGUCGUUAAGACCUGAAGCGUCGUCAAGACCUGACACCUCGUGGGAAGGCGUUGCACUUCAAUCGCGGGAUGCUUCAAGCUCCGGACACGAAGUCUUCGCGGCGAAGUCUUCCAACACGAAGACUGGCGAGUGGACGCACUCAAGCCCAAGUGAUGAUCGCCGAUUGUCACCACGCUCCGGUUGCAGAUUGCGAAGCCUCACGUGUGCAUAUCGCCGACUGAUGUUACCUUGGCGAUCAAAGGUCGUGCUUUUGCCGUCGGCGACGAACGAUCUACCGUCAACCACGCCGAUCCUACCGUCAACCCACCGUCAACGACGACGAACCUACCUUGCAAGCGGACGGCGGGGAUGUCAAACGCUCGGCGACGCGGCUAGCGGACGACACAAGCGGACGACGACGAAAGAGCGCACGAAGCACGGCGGACGCCGAGUUGUGACGCUUCUUCGGGCGUCACGGCCGGACGGCACGUCUCGCGGCCGGACGGCGCGUCUCGCGGUCGGACGGCUCGUCUCGCGGUCGGACGUGGCGGGUGGAUGGCGCGUCUCGCGGGCUGUUGGCGAACGGCGCAUACCCCGAUUUCUUGCGAGGAGGAGCGGGAAGAGCGGGAGCAACGGCAAGCUACGAGGACUUUUCUUUCUUGAGCGGGAGGAACGGCAAGCUACGAGGACUUCUUUAAACUUGGAGGAGCGGGAGGAGCGGGAGCAACGGCAAGCUACGAGGACUUAUUUUAAAUUGGAGGAGCGGGAGGAGCGGGAGCAACGGCAAGCUACGAGGACUUCUUUUAACUUGGAGGAGCGGGAGGAGCGGGAGCAACGGCAAGCUACGAGGACUUCUUUUAACUUGUGCAGGAGGAGCGGGAGGAGCGGGAGCAACGGCAAGCUAAGAGGACUUCUUUUAACUUGGAGGAGCGGGAGGAGCGGGAGCAACGGCAAGCUACGAGGACUUAUCUUAACUUGCGCAGGAGCAACGGGAUCGGGAUCAACGGCGCUGGCGGCGACGGGAGGUCAAGUACGAGGACUUCUCAUUCUUGGAGUAACGGGAGCGGGAUCAACGUGGCAGCGACGGGAGGUCAAGCUACGAGGACUUCUCUUAACCUGGACCAGCGAGAGCGGAAGCACGAGCAAUCGCGGGCGCCAGCGGCAGCGAAGUAACACGGGGGUGGUCUCCCUUGCAUGGCGAAGCGGGGAUGGGAGCUCGCGUCGCGGGGUCGCGUGGCGACGCUUCUUCGGGGGAGGCGUUACGCGCGCGCGGCGGAGCAUCGGAGCGCGGUGGGACAUCAGAGCACGGCGCACCGCCGCGGCGGCUCACGGUAAGUUGGUCCCGAGGGAGGCUCCACAUACGUGGAGCGCGGAGUCGGCUGGAGCGAGGAGUCGGAGCGAGGUGCAAGGAGCAAGGAGGAAGGAGCGAGGUGGAAUUUGA